AGUCCGCGUGCGACUCUCGGACGCGCCACACGCCACCAUGCCGCGAAACGACGAAGCCCGGGGCGUGAGCGGAGCCAUCCGCGUGUACUGGCGUGCGGUACUAGGAGAGCUGGUAGCGACAGCACUCCUUGUGCUACUGGGCGUCGCGUCAUUAGUGCCUAAGAUCUCACAGACAGACACGCUAAUAGCCCCGCCGCUGGCGCACCCGGCGCUGGCUUUUGGCUUGGUAGUGCUGUGUCUAGCGCAGGCAUUCGGCGACGUAUCCGGCGCGCACUUGAACCCAGCCAUCACCCUGGCGUCCGCGCUACUCGGUCGCACGCCAGUCGUGCUAGCCGUGGCGUACGCGGUCGCGCAAAUGAUUGGCGCCACACUUGGCUAUGCCGCGCUAUACUCUAUAACGCCACAAAGGAUAUUGAACGAAAUACCAGCGCUAGGCGUGACGCUCCCAGCGCAUGGGUUCAGCCCCCUGGCCGCGACGGUAGUCGAGGCCCUGAUCACUGGUCUCCUGACGCUUCUGGCUUGCGCGCUGUGGACGGGGAAACAUGAUUCCACUGGGCCAAUCAAGUUUGGUCUUGUGGUCGCUGGACUUGUAUAUGUUGGAGGUGAAAUGACCGGAGCCAGUAUCAAUCCAGCACGUAGCUUCGGACCUGCGCUGGUCACGCAGCAUUGGGAGUACCUAUGGGUAUACUGGGUAGGCCCGCUGGCCGGCGCGGCGCUCUUCGCGCUGUUGCACAAAUACGUGCUCGCACCGCAGGCUCACAAGCCGCCGCCGCCGGCGCGGGAAGAAUUGCCGCUGAACGACAAGAAUAGCUGCUAACGCGG